GGAAGGAUUGGCGAUCGCUUACCUCCGCCGCGGCUGCUGCCAGGCGCACCAUUAGGCUAAGCAAAUUAGUCAGCAAUCGCCGCCGUUUCCAAUGUGGUACGGUGUUGACAAGCGACCAGUUUGAUCGUUAAGUAUGCACGCAGCCGCCACCAGUGUUCUCCGGCAGUGACCCCGAGGCUGAUAACAAGAAAAGACUGCCCGCCUGCGACCUGCAUCAUACAUAAUCUCCAGAUUGCAAGCAACAUGAGCAAGACUGGUGAUUUGCACGCGAUUAGAUUAGACCAUGAAUCAUUCUGAAAGUAGCAGCACUAGUCCUCGCAGUUUUCUCAACUACAGCCAAUGCAACAUGUUGCCCAGCGGCACCUCGGACAUUUACCACGAGUCCCAGCAAAUGGGCAGCAGGAAACGCCACCUCGAAGCCUCUCAAUACGAAGGUUUCGAGGCGUCCGAGUCGGACUCGUUGGAGGAGCCGGCCACGUACACGCAGCCAUCAACCUCGACGCCCCGAGCAUUGUCCAGCAGUUCUGGGCCACCCCCAAAUGGAAAGAAGACCAAGGGCAGGGUCAAGAUUAAGAUGGAGUACAUUGACAAUAAGCUGCGGCGGUACACAACGUUUUCUAAAAGAAAAACCGGCAUCAUGAAAAAGGCCUACGAGUUGUCCACUCUGACGGGCACACAGGUGAUGUUGCUGGUGGCGAGCGAAACGGGUCAUGUGUACACGUUCGCAACGCGUAAGCUGCAGCCGAUGAUCACUUCUGAGGCUGGCAAAGCGCUGAUUCAGACGUGCCUUAACUCGCCGGACGCGUCUCAGCCAGUUCCUCAGGCGGCGGCCACCACUGGUGGCGACCAACGCAUGUCAGCCACCGGCUUCGAGGAGACCGAGCUGAGCUACCACAUCGAGGACGGGGAAAAACUCGACUCGCCAAAAUCAUGCGCCAGCGGCUCGGACUCGUCGGCCGACAGCGACUCCGAGUCCUUUGACAAUCGCCUUGCCGAAGAAAAGUUCGGCAAAUUGGAUGCCAAACAUUCAAGCAAGCAGGACAUGCCUGAAAAUCUGUGUUCAGUCGCUCCUUUAGUCGGUUUUCAUAAUGGAAACUUAGUCUACCAGCCGCCGUCGUCUUCAGUGAUGUACACGGCGCCUCACGCAGGGUUGCCCAGCGGAAUGCUCUUCGCAGUCAAAACCGAAGGUCCAAAUUCGGGACACAAGUCGCAUCUUGCCAUUCCCCUGCACCUGGCGAAAGGUGGAGAGACGCAGUGCUCCCCCGCAGAUCUCUCCAAGAAGUGAGCCAACAUCGACAACCACUCACACACCACUACUACUUGUCACUCGAUUGCUCUUACGAAUAGUGCUUUAACUAAUUUAGGCUGUUCUCAUUUUUGUAAUCAAACCAUUUGCAUGUUGAUAAUUUAUUGCGCCCUACGUUAUUAAUAAAUUUAAAAAGAGAAAUGAGAUAUUAACAAUGAUGAUUUGAAA